AUGGGCACAACACUGCUCGGCAAACGAUGGGAGUACGAUGUGUGUCUCAACGACUGCACGCUCGCCGGCAUCCCGAUGCCGGACCAUAACACUUUUGGACUGCCGCUCGAGAACCACUGGUCUGAGCAGUGUCCUCCGACCAUUGUUGGCCAAUACAACGCCCCUCUGUCCCAGUCGAGGGUCUGCCUCGACUUUGUCGGCACCAACCUGGUCUUCAACUUUGAGACGUUCCCAGGUUACACCAUCAAAUCUGCCGUCGUGACAUGGAAAGUGGCGGGCAUUGACGGCGAGCCACCUGUCAACAACCCGCCUCCUACGACCAACAUUCUCUGUAAUCCCCAGGGUGAUGGCAGCUACCUCUGCACCCUCCCCUUCAACGCUAUCCUCGGCGUGCCCUCGACCAGCAGUGUCACAACUCUGAUGGCAGGCAUGUGCCCCAGGGGCGACCGCGAGGGUCUGGACUUCUACUUCCAGUUCUUUGGCCUGGUCGAGCCCGUCGGCGGCGGCCCGGCGAUUCCCUUUGUCCAGCAGUACCCCUGCUCGGCUCGCGCCGCGGACCGCAGCUGCACUGCGUGGAACACGGUCUACCCCUACGUUGAGGUCGCAUACCGUUGCACCAACUGCAAUGUCCAGCCUUGCCCGUCCUCACCACCCUCAUCGUCCGUGGCAUCAUCUACAACGUCGACAUCGUCCUCGACAUCGAGCUCGUCCUCGACCACGAGCUCCUCUUCGACGACAGACUCUUCUUCCACCAGCUCCACUGCGCCACCUCCCAGCUUGAAAACCUGCUCCUUUGGCACAGCAUUUGGCUACCAGAACCCCGUUGCCGGUAAUCCGCGAUCGUUCACCCUCAACACCCAAUCCGGCCAGGGCUGCAACCGCUGGGGCUGGUACGAGACGCCCACGGUGGCGAGCCUGCAGGGCGGCAUCAGCGGGCCGCUGUACGUGGGCGCCGGCGGCAACGACAUCACCAAGGCCAUAGACGGCCGCGUCACCGUCACCUACCUGCUCAACCCGCCCUACGCCCUGGCCGAGGUGCACGUCAAUCUCGUCUGCCUGCCGCUCACCAAGUGCGCACCGGGCCAGUACACAUACAAUGCCGGGGCCAUCCCCAACCUGCCCACGUGGUCCAACCCGACCCCGCUCGUCUACCCGACGUGCACGGGUGGGUCCCAGGCCGCGCUGAUUGUGCAUGCUUCCAUCAACAUUCUGACUGUCACGUCGGUUUGCCCGUCGCCCAAAGCCACCUGA